UCGCUUUUUCCUUUUGCCAAGGUAGAAGUUCUUCUUGGAGGAAACGGGGAAUCUUGUGAGGCGAGCAAGGACGCGACCGCAAACGACGCACCUCUCUUGCGCGUGUGUGGCCAAUGUAGUCGAGAGAUUUGUCGUCUUCCUGACGUUCUGCUUCCCGAAAGGAAUUUUUUUCUGGAGACACGAACACCAUCUAGGCCGCGGGAAACUCCUUUUUCGCCGCAUCGUCUUCUUUUCGGUGUCUCUGUUCGUCUGUCUCGUCCCUCAGUUCUUGCCGCAAUUCGUUCCUAGUCGCCACUGUCCCUCGUUGUCUUGUCGUUCGUCUCCCCCAUUCUUUCCGACUUUCGGACUUUGCGUUCUUCGUCUGUCGCCUUCGAUCACGGCUGUCUCCUUCAUUCCGUUACUCUUCCCGGUUCUUCUGCGAGGCACCCCAGAGUCUCCCUCCUGCGACCCUUUCUCUCCUUCCCUCUCCCUCUGAAGUCUUCCUCGACGAUUUUUUUUUCAUUCUUCGCGUCCCGCUGCUGAGUCGCUUCUCCGUUCUCGGCCCGCCGCCAUGCCGCUGCAUCCGCCGUCGAACUCAUGCCUCACAGGUCCGAUCUACUUCGGAGUCGGCCUGCCCCACGCAGCUGUACGUACACCGUCCGCUCUCCACACGCACCUCCAGAAUGUGCGAAGCAACUUGCAGUGCGACUUUGUGGUCAUUCCCACAGCUGCCUUCUCUCCUGAGUACUACGAAGCACUGCCGCCUUCUUCGCCGGCUUCUUCCUCUUCUUCGCCGGCUUCUUCCUCUGCUUUGCCGGCUUCUUCCUCUACUUUGCCCGCGUCUUCUUCUGUGGUUCCGAAUGUUCGAGCUUCGAUCCCUGUCGAGCACUUGCCCGAGUUCGCGGCGCAUCCGGAGAAGCAGCGCGCGCUGCCUUCUGCGUCGCUCGCUUCGUUUGCGUCUUGUUCGUUCCGGGGCGUCGACGGCGGCCUCUCCGAGUUGCCUGUCUCUGUCGCCUUCUCUCCGAGCACGGGGUCGGACCUCGCCCUCGACUCACAGACCUGGGCGUCCUCAGUCGUCUGCGAACUGUCUCCGUGGAUCGCGCCUGACAAGUGUCUCCGUCCGCCGCAGCCGUCGGUCUGUCGCGCCCGCGAUUCCCUGCAGAAAACGUUGGAGGUCGCCUUCCCUUCCCCCGCGCUCUCGGUCUCGCCUUCUGCUGGCUCCUCUGCCUCUGCCGCGGUGCCGCCGCAGGUUGCUCACUGGUCCUUCCACGCGGCGGCAUGGCAGCGCGAAAUGCAGUGGGCGACACAUGUGGGUGCGUACGCGGUGAUUGCGCCUGCGCCGCUUCCUGGAGACGCGCCGAUCGAGUACGCGAGACAGCUGAAGGCCGCGUUCAGUCAGCUGCAGCCGCCGUCCGUCUGGGUUCGGCUGCCGCUCCUCUACCCGCGCAGAAGCGAGGCCAGCGCCGCGGCGCCGAGAACGUUCGACGACCCUUGGCAGCAGUGGAGGUUGAUUCGAGCCUUCGUCGGCCACAACGCGGCUCUCGGCGUCUGUCUGGAAGUGACUGAGGACCUCCCCGACGAGGAGGAACUCGCCCGGUGGCUGGCGGAACCGGUGCGCGCGCUCCUCAUCUCGCCUGCGAUCUUCACCUGCGCGACGCGUGCAGGCGACGGACGAACUGAGGGGGAGAGUGCGGGCGUCGCGAGUCGGAGAGGCCGCGCCUCUCAGGAUGACGACGAGCACAGACCUGGCGCGUCUGCGGAGAAGAAAACUCCGGAGGGGAGAGAGGCCCUUGCAGGGACUGCAGGGCGGAAGUCGGACGCGCAGUCGGUGGCUCUCAGUCCGAGACACUUUGCCUUUCUCGUGCGGUGCGCCGAACACCGCGUGAAAAUCAUCUUUCGUCAAGAGGAACAGACGUCGGGAUGCGUCUCCUCCGACACUGUCGACUUGGCCAGUGCGCAAGCCUUUCCAGCGCUUGGCGAGGCGCGGCCUGCAGUCUCUACCACUGCGUUUUCCGUCAUGGAUCUCCAGCCGUAUCUGUCGCACCUCGUCGCGCGCUUUCUCCAGCUGCCCACGCUGUCGCCGGCGGCGCUCUUCUCUGCGCCGUACCGAGACGUUCUGCAGUCGCCCAUGCAGCCGCUCGCGGACAACCUAAGCACGAUGAACUACGAAGUCUUCGAGAAAGACCCUGUCAAGUACGUCCGCUAUCGCCAGGCGACGCUCCGGCGUCUCCGCGAAAUCUGGACCCCGACGCGCGCGGAGUCCGAAACAGAGAGACCGGAGACACCCCAGAGAGGGGGCGCUGGCGUAAAGAAGCCGAAGAAGUCCAAGAAGAAGAGCCGCGCUUCUCACAGCUGUGAAACGAACAGCGACUUCGCCGAGUCCUGGAGCGAAGACGAGUCCUGCAGCUCUGCCGCUUCGGCUUAUACGUGGUGUCUGAACGGCGAGGACUGUCCCGACCAUGGGUGGUUGCCGGAAACCUUUCCUGGAGGCGGACGGUCGCGGCUCGUCAUCAUGGUGGUGGGCGCAGGUCGAGGGCCUCUCGUCCAGUCUGCACUGGACGCGCUGAAGGAGGCGCAGAUUCCUCUCUGUCGCGUCCACCUCUACGCGGUGGAGAAGAACUGCAACGCGACGGUCACCCUGCGCGCGCGGCACCAGGGCGACCCGUGCGAAGGCUGGAGGGCAGUGCGCGUCGUCGAGUCCGACAUGCGCGAGGUCGGACAGAAGGUGUCAGAGAAGGCAGACAUUUUGAUUUCUGAGUUGCUGGGGAGUUUCGGCGACAACGAACUUUCUGUCGAGUGUCUCCACGGGGCGCAGAAGCUGCUGAGGCGCGGCGGUAUCUCCAUUCCGACCGCGUACGUCUCCAGCGUGGAACCUGUGAGCGCGUCGAAACUCUGGACGGCCAUCGACAGCUACGGAGACGCGAAGCACUUCGAGUCGCCGUACGUCGUCGACUUCUUCGCAGUGUACAGACCUGGCGCAGAGGGCCCUCUCGAAUGCUUCCACUUCAAGCAUCCAGAGGCCCUCCUCCCUUUCGCUGACGACGAAGAGCAGACGCGCGAGGGGGACCAGGCGACCGAGACGCAGCCGCGCAGCGGACCGAGUCGGAAGACGCGCGCUGAGAGGAAUGCGGAGACCAGCGUCGCGCUGCAGAAGAAGGUCGCCCCGAGUGCGCAGCAACUGACGCUGUGGAGACACCGCCGGACGCGACUCGCAUGGCACAUGAAGGCGGACGCCGUCGUCCAUGGACUGGCAGGAUAUUUCCACUGCUGUUUGUACAAAGACGUGUACAUUUCGAUCGACCCGCGCUCGUUCUCAGAAGGCAUGUUCAGCUGGUUUCCCCUCUUCCUCCCCUUCCGCGUCCCAGUGUACGUACAGCGCGGCGCCGAACUCGAGGUCUACCUCGCGCGCGAAGGCGACGAACACCGCGUCUGGUACGAGUGGGCUGUCAUGCAGCCGCAGCAGAGCGACAUUUACAAUCACCUUGGGAAACAUUACUUCAUCGGAAAAUGAGCUGAACGAAAGAGAAGACCCAGGCUCCGACACCAAAAACAGAGGCCCAUAAAGCAACACAGAGCGACAGAGAGAGAGAGAGAAAAGAGGGGCGGUAAGAAAAGGGGAGACGCAGUUCGGUGAAAGGUGGUGAGAAUGUUUGCGGUGUGCAUGCGAUGAGGUUCGCAGUUGCCGCGCUUCGUUGUUUUCGAGGCUCAAGGCAAGUGCCUGCGCGUGGAUAAAGGACAAGGAGGUCUGGGAGGCGGAGGCGAGUCUGAGGCUGUGCUUUCUCGUGACGCGCCUUUAGGAAUCUUGACUGUGUAGAGACUGGGAGAUUUCGUUUUCUUUUUUAAAGUGGAGGGAGUGCGGAAGUCCGGCGAAGCAUUGUCGUCUCAACCUUCAAUACGCGAACGACUGGUCCUCUCGUCUGCGAAUCUGUUCAACGUCGUUUCACGUUGUCGCUUUUUCCAGCGACGAACUGGCCUCUGUUCCUCUGGCCCGCGCGCCAGAGUCGCCGUUGUCGGGUCUCUUUGUGGGGUGUCUCGGCCGUCUCUUCUGUCUGUGUGCGAAACGCAUGCAUCUCCUUGCCAGACUCCGCAGUGGACCGAGCUGACGAGGCGCAGAGGCCUCAAACUGCAUGCGCGGACUGGAGCGAAAGAGAUGCCUGGUGACAGCCCAUUCAACAAGGCGGCGGCAGGUGCGAAAUCCAUGCUUCCAAAUACAGGCGGAGCAAGUUUUGUACGAAUUCAGCGAAGCAGCAAGUGAAGCCGACAACUGCGGGUGACUGUAGGGGUGACACUGUAGUGUAGCGCGCCACUGAAACGGCAAACGAAAACGCAGUUUUGAAGAGACUCACGAACCGAAGUCCUCAGACGUCUCGGAGAUUCCUUCACGAUCGUCGACGUAUCGACUGUGGAGAAGUGGACAAACAAGAUGAGAAGGAAGCGACUCUUUCGAAAGAAAGCCUUCGACGAAAUCCUAAAAACGUUCACGCUUCUCCCAAGAGUUGCUCACGU